CUGUGGGCAGUGUGGGACUCGCUUCCUCGCGCCAUUCUGAACGCACCCAGCGCACUGUUACCACCACUCCCAAAAAAAACAAAUUAGUAAUUUGGUGUUCGAAAUUUAAAUUAGUGAUUCGUCUCACGCGGCUCCUAGCUAGACCUCGCCUCUUCGCGCCACUGACACAUUUCGCGGUUGGCGCGCGGUUUGAAUAUAGAGCGUUCGGUUUUUCUUUGCUCCUGUUUGUUUUUUUAAUUUGGUGUAUUUCUUUGGUGCCUGCAUUGAGUAAUUUUGGGGACCUUAAAAUUGAGGCUGUGAUUAUCUGCAUUUGGACUACUUAAAGCUGUUUUGAAAAGAUGGAGCUGCGGCGCUACUCCACCCCCCGCACCUCGUUCCUCACCUGCUGGAUCUUCCUGCUACAAAUGCUGGGCGGCGGGCGGCACGGCGCGGAGGGGCACGGGCGGCUCAUGGACCCGCCGGCGCGCAACUCCAUGUGGCGCUUCGGCUUCCCCAACCCCGUCAACUACAACGACAACGAGCUGUUCUGCGGCGGGUACGCCGUCCAGUGGGAGCAGAACAAGGGCCGAUGCGGCGUGUGCGGCGACGCGGACCACAUCUCGGAGCCGCGACCGCACGAGGCGGGCGGCAUGUACGGGAAGGGCAUCCUGACCAGGCACUACGCUGUGGGACAGGAGAUCGAGGUGGAGGUGGAGCUGACGGCCAACCACCUCGGCACCUUCGUGAUCAAGCUGUGCCCCAACAACAACCCGCGCCAGGAGGCCUCGCAGGAGUGCUUCGAUAGGUACCCGCUAUACAUCACUGGUACUCGCGAGGACCGGUUCCUCAUCCCGCUGGACACGGCCAAGAAGGAGAUCUUCCGCUACCGGGUGCGCCUGCCGCCCUACGUCACCUGCACGCAGUGCGUCAUGCAGUGGACUUACUAUACCGGCAACAUGUGGGGAGUAUGCGAGAACGGCACAGAAGCCGUGGGCUGCGGGCGCUCCGAGACGUUCCGCAACUGCGCCGACGUGGCCAUCGUCACCAGCACGGGGGGGCUCCCACCAGCCUUCGCCGGCGACCUGAGGAGGGACAAUCCCUUCCUGCUGUACUACAGGGACCUCAGGAUGCCCACCAAUGUGUUCCCGCUUGUCGUCAGGGAUGUCUCAAAAGACCUGCAGAAAGAACCGUUACGUAUAAUUAGCAAUGAUAUAUCAGAUGUUGACUAUGAGGAGGCGAAUACACAUGAAGUUAUUAGGGACCAAGUCUGCGUGCCGUCGUUCAGCUUCCGCAGCCUGCCGGGCAUGCUGAGCUGGUGCCAGACCAACUGCCUGCGCUACCCUCCCAACUGCCCCGAGGCGCUGUGCUCUUGCCCGCAAGUUUGCGAAGCGAUAGGUGAGAUAGAGGGGAGAGAGGGGGCGGAUGUGUACUGCAUGGAUCAGUGCAUAGUGUACCCGCCGCGCUGCCCCACCGACAGAUGUCGCUGCUACUAAUACCGAAUCUACUAUGAAGUUGCCAUUGGACAGAAAAAAACCGCCGAAACAUUCACAUAGAUGGCGAUAGUAGUACAUGUUUUUAACAUCAUUUAAAUUUGAUACAUCUGCAUUUUAGAAAGUUGUUGAGUGAGUCGUAGCAUUAUUUUCUUAGUUAAGUAGGAAUAAUUACUUUACGUGCCAUACUAUAUGUGCGAGAAAUAUCUGAUACUUUAAUACGUUGAAAGUCUUUGCAUUGCAAUUGCUAUAAAUUUACAGUACUUACCUAUGUAUUAUAUCCACCUCAUCCACUGAUUUGUAUAUAACAACUAAGAAUUUUAUAUACAGAAAUAAAUAAAUGUUUAAAUAUA